UAGACACGUUCAGUCACAGUCACUGAUUUCAAUCCGGUAGAAAAAUUGUUGAUCAACGUUGCUCCUCACGAUUCGUGAUCGGUCUUCAGCGUUUAGUCUUUGCCGAACUCUCGUCUCGUGAACAUCCACGUCCGAUCAAGUUGAAUCUUUGAAUCUAAACUUCGAAAUAAGUCAGAAUGGCGUUCAAUAAGAUGACUAUCAUCAAACUGUUACAGUUGGUAAUGGUAUGCAUCCUCAUAGGGUUGCAUUAUCACUCUUUCAGUGAUGGUGGCCGAAACAGUGCGAUGAUCACGGUGGGCACUUUCGGUGGAUAUUUAAUUAUCCUGGCUGGUGUAUUCUUUGGAAUUAUUAUGGGAUGUAGCAUGGAUCGACGCCUAGACAUGUUUUACUCAGCGGCCGGUUUCAUCCUGUUCGUCGUCGCCGGUGCUUUGAUCCUUGACCACUUCUCAAAUUCGGUUUAUCGUGGUUCUUUCCGCGAUACUGGACUCGCUAAAGGCUGUAUCAGCAUCGCCGAGGGAGUUUUAUUUUUGGUGGAUGCGAUACUCGUGUUUCGAGGAGAAGCCUAAAGUACAGAAAAAUAAUAAUUCUUAAAUAAUGUCAGAGACCGCCUAAUCAUCGAAAAUGUAUUAAAUAAGCUGCUGCCAAAUAUCGAAGGAAUCGAACUGAUUAUCGCGGAAAAAUCUUUAUUCUUGAAAACUUGGAGAAGAAGCAGGUGAAAAAAGUGAAAGAUUGAUUCGUAAGAGGAAUUUUGUGGAUAUCAAGGGAGUAGAAUUAAAAAUAACAUUUUGAAUAAAGAUUUUUUAAUUUCUUUUAUCGCUGAAGUAAAAAUUUGUUUUUAGAAAGAAACAAUUCUUAUAUCACAAUAAUUGAGUAAUUUUUUAUAGCAAAUUCGUGCUAGAUGAGAAACUGUGAGUUGUGUUAUUAUAUGUACAAUAUGUAUAUGAGUCUACAUAUGUAUUUGAAUGCAUAAAACCAAAAACUUUUAGUAAAGAUUUAUGUAAAUACCGCAUUACAAAAUUUGAAGAAACAAAGUGCUUCUUAUCGCUUUAUAAUUUUCAAUUCUAACUGUGUUAUACUUAAAUCAAUUUUUGAUUCCCAAAGAACGAUUGUUAAAAUACUUUGCAAUUAUUUUUUAUUAAAUUUUCUUCAAAUUUUGUAACACAUUAAUUAUUAUAUCUCAUCGUAUUAAUAAUAGCUUUGUAAACAUUUUCGUUUUUAUAUCGUAGUUAUAAAAUUUUCGUUUGCAAAACGUUCGAAUGUUUUCAUGAUCCAUAUUUGUUCAGGAAAAAAUUCCUUUUCUUGGUAUUUAUUAUGGCUUCGAACUGCCCCAACCAAUUUGUAUCAAACGAGAAAGUAUGAAUAAUAUUUGGUUGACGAAAAGUUCGUGUGGUUUUCAACGUGUAAAUAAAGAAACAGGAAUUGCACGAACUUAUUGACCGAUCUUAAUAUUUAUUUAUUUGUAUCUUUUUCAAACUCAAAUUUAAUAUGUUGAAAGUAGCAAAAUAUUUUUUUCGAAUAAAUUCCUUUCUAACGUAAGGCCAGUGAAAGCGCUGUAAUCGCGAUCGUUACACAUAAAUUAAACCACAAUCACGACGCCAUAUUUACUGUAAGUUGGUUAAACAUAUUGAAAUAAUACUCUUUCUUUUCUAUUGCCUUAUAUCAUAAUUAAUUAUUCACGUAUUUAUUAUUUUUAAAUGCUUACUGACUCUUAUUUCAUUUUAUUAAUUUAUAAGCUCUUUAUGUCGUCAGAACAUGUAAAUCUUCAA